AUGGACCACCCGAAAGACUUCCGCUCGACGGUUCUGCAGGCGCCCUCCCGUCACGACGACCGCGACCGUGAACGUGAGCGUGACCGCGACCGCGACAAUGACCGCGACCGCCGUCACCAUCGCGACAUCAUGAACCCGACCCCCGGCAGCACGCGACACUCCGGCUUCAGCCUGCGAUCGCCCACACAGUCUGAGUACCACCACCCCCAUCACUCGGCGUACUCGUCACCCAAGGCGGCACCGUCCCAUUCGCUCCCGCACCACUCUCCACGAUCCCAUCAGUCCGGCCUGUCGCAUCCGAACUCCUACCCUUCGUCGUCAACGACGUCGACCGGCCCGCUCGCGCCCACGUUACCCGCGCUGGGAGGAGGCGGCGGCGGCGGCGGCGGAAGCGGCAGCGGCAGCAGCUCGGGAGCCGGUCACCAUCAAGCUCCUCCGUUGUCGCCGUUGCACCCCCCGAGCGGAUACUAUCCGCCCCCCGAGUCGCAUCAGACGCGCGAUAAGCCGACGACGGGCAGCUACUACGAUCCAUUGACUGAUACCACAAGAGAGAGGAGGAUCUCGGACGCGGGAUGGAGUGGUAACGCGGCCAAGGGCUCGCCCAAGACCGCCCGCGAUCCCUACGGUAACUACUCUCAACAACAACCAGCCGAGCCGGUAUCUCGAGACUCCCACGCCUACUACAAGAACGGAGGAGGCGCCAGCGCGGGCUACACGUCCCCGUCCGCUGCCAACUUCCCCCCGAGGAGCCCGCGGUCCCAUUCGCACUCCCACUCCCACUCCCAUCAACCGCCCGCCGGUUCCAUCAGCCCUUCCAACAGGGCUACGCCGCACAUGACGUCCCCCAGCUUGCGGCAUGCCGCGUCGCCCAGCGUGCACGCCGCAUCCAAUGGCGGUCCCGUCACUUCUCUGCCUCCCCUCGGAAAGCCCGAGCCUUCUACUUUGAAAGCUCCUGCCAGUGUGCGUACAAUCCUCGCUGGACACCCUGAGAGACGCCGCCGACCUGACACCUUGCAGACCCCUAGCCGCUCCGCCGAUCCCAUGUCUUUCUCCAACAUUUUGUCCAGUGCAGAGCCCGUCUCAAAACCAAAAUCGAAAUCGCCCCCUCCCGCCCGAGACGAGAAGGUCGCCGAGAAGGUCGCCGAGAAGGACGCCGAGGAGGAUUCCAAACCUCAUCAGAAGCCCGCCCCCAAGCCCGCUCCCAAACCUGACCGCGAAAAGCCUCGCUCCACCGAGCCUCCCGUCAAGACCGAGCGCAGCGAGCGCGAAGCCGAGAUCGAGCUCCGACCCGAACCCGCCAAAGAGCGAUUGAGCACACCUCUCGCCAGAAAGGAGAGAAAGGAGAGGGUGCCGCGGAAAUCAAAGUCACGCGCUUCCGAUAUUAGAGAUGCCGAGUCCACUCCCAAGACGAGCCGCCGGUCCUCUUCCAAGCUCGAGGUGCACACCCCCCGCAUUCCUUCCAAGCGUCAGGCCAAUGGCCAGCCGAAGCAAAAGACCCUCUCCGCCGAGAAGGAGAAGAAGGUCAUGGACCUGAUUGCUCAGCUCGAUGCCGAUGCCGACGACCUCACCGACUCUGACCUUGCCGCCGAGCGCGCUCAGUACCAGGAGAGCGGCAACAAGCGACGUCGCCUCAUGCAAGAAAAGGACGGCAACCGCAACGUCGACCGACGCGAAGACUUCUCAACUGAAAUAGGUCGAAGGUUGGGUGCCCUCGCCGACCUUGGAAAGCGCCGUUAUGACGACAUCUACUACGAGGAAGCAAUGAACGAGGUCCGCGAGCGCGAGCUCUUCGCCGAGAAGGAGCGCAAGAAGGACAUGCAACGCAAGCGUCGUCGCGAAAAAUCCAUGGCCGUCACGAUGGAGCAGCAGAAGCUGGCCCUCGAACGCGCCCGCCUGGCCGAGGACGAGACGGAGAAGGCGAAGCACCUUCGAGAUGCCGAGCGUGCUAACAAGAAGGCUCUGCAAACCAAGCUCAUCCUCCAAAAGGGCAUCAAGGGACCUGCUCGCAACCUGGUCGAAUUGAACCUCGACGGAGGUACCAUGGCCACCUUCCAGGCGUCAGACAUGGAGCCCGGUACAAAGCCCAAGAGCAAGGGCCGCAGCGGUCCCCGGCCGAAGAAGUCCAAGGAGCAAAAGCAGGCCGAGAAGGACGCUGCCGAAGCUGCCCAGGCCGCCAUCGACGCCGGCGAGGAGCUCCCGGUGAAGGAAGAGUCCAAGAUCCGUAUCAAGUUCAGCAAGAAGUCCAAAGACAAGGACAAGGAAAAGGACAAGAACAAGGACAAGGACCAGGACGAGCCCGACGUUGAGGUCGAGGGCGAUAUCGAGGCCGAGGUCGACGACGACACCAUUGUCGAGCCCGUCAAGGAGAAGAAGGAGAAGAAGGGCAAGAAGAAGGACAAGGAGAAGAAGGAGGAGAAGCCCGAGGAGCCUCCCAACAAGGACGCCAAGUUCGAGACCAAGGGCUUCCUCCAGAUCUACGACCAGAUCUGGCGCGACCUUGCCCGCAAGGACGUUAGCAAGACGUACAAGAUGGCGGCCGAGUCGUACCAGACCAAGGCGUCCAACCUCAAGAAGACGGCCAUUCUCGCCUCCAAAGAGGCCAAGAGAUGGCAGCUCCGGACGAACAAGGGCACCAAGGACCAGCAGGCCCGCGCCAAACGCGUCAUGCGCGACAUGAUGGGCUUCUGGAAGCGCAACGAGCGCGAGGAGCGUGAUCUCCGCAAGGCGGCCGAGAAGCAGGAGAUUGAGAACGCCCGCAAAGAAGAGGCCGAACGCGAAGCCGCCCGCCAGAAGAGAAAGCUGAACUUCCUCAUCUCCCAGACCGAGUUGUACUCCCAUUUCAUUGGCAAAAAGAUCAAGACCGACGAGGUCGAGCGCAGUACCGAUAACCCCGAGAUUGCCGCCGAGAACAAGGUCGACAGCGGGCACAACAAGAACUUCGAUAUCGUUGAGCCGACUGGGCCCGUCGGCGCCAAGGUCACCGACUUUGAGAACCUAACGUUUGAGGAAGAGGACGAGGAGACGCUACGCCAGGCGGCCAUGGCCAACGCGCAGAACGCCAUCGCCGAGGCCCAGAGGAAGGCCAGGCAGUUCAACGAGCCUGACGGUCCCGACAUGGACGAGGAGGGCGAGAUGAACUUCCAGAACCCCGCCGGCAUGGGCGAUGUGGCCAUCGAGCAGCCCAAGCUGAUCAACGCCCAGCUCAAGGAGUACCAGCUCAAGGGCCUCAACUGGUUAGCCAACCUGUACGAGCAGGGCAUCAACGGCAUCCUCGCCGACGAGAUGGGUCUCGGAAAGACGGUCCAGUCCAUCUCCGUCAUGGCCUAUCUCGCCGAGAAGUACGACAUCUGGGGCCCGUUCCUCGUCGUCGCGCCCGCCUCUACGCUCCACAACUGGGAGCAGGAAAUCCGAAAGUUCGUGCCCGAGUUCAAGAUCCUCCCCUACUGGGGCUCGGCGGGCGACCGAAAGGUGCUCCGCAAGUUCUGGGACCGCAAGCACACGACGUACAAGAAGGACGCGUCUUUUCACGUCUGCGUCACGUCGUACCAGCUCGUUGUUUCCGACGUUGCCUACUUCCAGAAGAUGAAGUGGCAGUACAUGAUCCUCGAUGAGGCCCAGGCCAUCAAGAGCUCGCAGAGUUCCCGAUGGAAGAGUCUGCUCAACUUCCACUGCCGCAACCGUCUCCUUCUCACUGGCACGCCCAUCCAAAAUAACAUGCAGGAGCUGUGGGCUCUGCUCCAUUUCAUCAUGCCGUCUCUCUUCGACUCCCACGACGAGUUUAGCGAGUGGUUUUCCAAGGACAUUGAGUCGCAUGCCCAGAGCAACACGAAGCUCAACGAGGACCAGCUCAAGCGUCUGCACAUGAUUCUGAAGCCGUUCAUGUUGCGUCGUGUCAAGAAGCAUGUCCAGAAGGAGCUGGGCGACAAGAUCGAAGAGGACGUCUACUGCGAUCUCACGUACAGACAGCGGGCCAUCUACAGCAACCUGAGGAAUCAAAUUAGUAUCAUGGACCUCAUCGAGAAGGCGACCACGGGUGACAACGACGACUCGGGAACGCUCAUGAACCUCGUCAUGCAAUUCCGAAAGGUGUGCAACCACCCCGACUUGUUCGAGCGGGCCGACACGUCGUCGCCCUUCUCGUUCGGCUACUUUGCCGAGACGGCCUCGUUCGUCCGAGAAGGCAGCAUGGUGCCCGUGGCCUAUUCCACCCGCAACCUGGUCGAGUACGAGCUGCCACGCUUGGUGUGGAGAGAAGGCGGCAGGCUGUACAAGACCGGCCGAGACAACCUCGCGGCCGGCUGGCGGAACAAGAGCCUUCAGCACAUGAUGAACAUUUUCACGCCAGAGCACGUCCGCGACAGUCUGGAGGGAUCCGACGCCUUCUCGUUCCUGCGCUUCGCCGAUGCCAGCCCGGCCGAGGUCUACAAGGCCAGUCACGAGGAUGUUUUUACUCGCGCCGUCGAACUGUCGCAAAAGAAAGAUCGCCUGUCCCUCUUCAACGUUGCCUAUGACGAGCCCGAGGACAUCAACUUCACACCGGCACACACUCUAUUCAACAUCACGGCCCGGAAUAAUCGGAAGCCGUUGACCGAAAUCACUCAGGAGGGUCUCCUGGCCAACCUCAUGAACGUGGCCCGAGAGGAGUACGACACCAGUGGCCUGGGACGUCUGGAGCCGGCCGGCCGGCCUCGCGCGACGGCGCCGCCCAUCGAAGUGAGCUGCUGCAGUCGCGGAACGGCGCUCGAGACGGAGAGUAUCCUUUUCAACGUGGGCAUGCGCAAGAGCCUGUUCGGCCCGAGCAUCCACGAGGAGCGCGCCAUGGUCACCGAGAAGAUUCCUCUGGAGCGCUUCCCGCCUCGCAAAUUGCUCCCUGCGCCCGACAACGAGAAGAAGAAGUUCAACAACAUUGCCGUCCCCUCGAUGCGCCGCUUUGUUACUGACAGUGGUAAACUGGCCACGCUCGACAAGCUGUUGACCAAGCUCAAGGCCGAGGGCCAUCGUGUGCUGCUCUACUUCCAGAUGACGCGCAUGAUCGACCUCAUGGAGGAAUACUUGACGUACCGCAACUACAAGUACUGCCGACUCGACGGUUCGACCAAGCUGGAGGACCGAAGAGACACUGUGGCCGACUUCCAGACGCGGCCCGAGAUCUUCAUCUUCCUGUUGUCGACGCGUGCCGGUGGUCUCGGCAUCAACCUGACUUCCGCCGACACCGUCAUCUUCUACGACUCGGACUGGAAUCCUACGAUCGAUUCGCAGGCCAUGGACCGAGCCCACAGACUGGGUCAGACCCGGCAGGUCACCGUGUACCGCCUCAUCACUAAGGGUACGAUUGAGGAACGGAUCCGGAAGCGUGCCAUGCAGAAGGAAGAGGUGCAGCGUGUCGUCAUCCAGGGAGGUGGUGCCAGUGUCGACUUCUCUGGCCGUCGCGCUCCCGAGAACCGCAACCGCGACAUUGCCAUGUGGCUUGCGGAUGACGAGCAGGCCGAGCUCAUCGAGCAGCGCGAGAGGGAACUUCUGGAGAGCGGCGAGCUUGAGAAGCCUCAGAAGAAGAAGCCCACCAAGCGCAAGCGGGUCGUGAACGAGGACAUCAGCCUCGACGAGAUGUACCACGAGGGUGAGUUACAGCCAGCCAGCCAUGGCCCGGACGACGGCACUAACCAGUUGACAGGCGAGGGCAACUUUGACGAUAACCGCGGGGGCGCCGCCGGAACCUCGGGCACCGCCACGCCUGUUGCUGAGCCCGACGCCAAGGGGUCCAAGAAGCGACGCACCGGCGGAGGCAAGAAGGCCAAGACGCUGAAGCAGAGACUGGCCGUCGCCGACGGGCAGGUCUGA